AACGCUUCCGCUGACAAGUCACAGGAUAAAUUUCCGUAUACAGAACAAAUUUUGUAGGCCUAAUUCUAAUAAUUAUUUUAUUCAUUGGUUGCACCUUUGAUAGAUAAGAUACAAAGUUAGGUUACACUUUCAAUAGACAGGAAACAAAGCUAGAUAACACUUUUGGAAGACAAGAACCCAGUCAAGAUGCAGAACUCUGGCAGCCCACAACUAGACCUAACUGGGAAGCUGAUCAUCAAAGUUGCACUGGGUGAUGACAUUAGACGUAUUCCCAUUCACAAUGAAGAUAUAACAUACGAUGAGCUCGUCCUCAUGAUGCAGCGGGUCUACAGGGGAAAGCUGAGCACCAAUGAUGAAAUUACUAUUAAAUAUAAAGAUGAAGAUGGUGACCUGAUAACAAUCUUUGACAGUUCUGACUUGACCUUUGCCAUCCAGUGUAGCAGAAUAUUGAAAAUUACUUUAUUUACGAGCGGCUCAGCCAAAUCAUUACUAGAGCCAGUGUGUGCGUCCAGCAUUAGGAGAGAGCUCCAGGACAUCAGGGACAGGGUGGUCAAUCUUCUGGACAGGCUGGAGACCACAGCCCUGAUAGGGGGAGCUCAAGGUCUGAGCAUUGCUGACGGCAUAGCUGGGAAAGAUAAAUCUCAACCCCAGGCCCAGAGACCAGCUAAUGCUUUAGGAGGGAAGGAGUUUGAUCCCCUUAGUAGCCAGAAGUCAUGGGAGGAACAAGCCCAUAAUAAAGUAGCUGCCUCUUUUGGGAUGGAUGGAAAUGUAACGUCAUCCUCCCAGUAUGAUCGAGCUGCCACCCCUGAUAGCAUAUCAAGCAUUGGCUCCUCGGCCAGCAACCAGGUCAAGGCACAGCAGAACAGUUACCAGCCACCCCCUGCUGCCACCAACCCCCAGCAGCAACAACAGCAGGUACAGCAACAGCAACCUAUACAACAACAACAACAACAGAUUCCCUCAACCCCCCAGGGUCAGCCUAGCUUUGGUGUCCAGCCGGUGUACAGGGGUCAGGCUGCCCCCCUCCCCCAGUCUUACGCUGGACAGCCAGGAUAUGGGGUCCCCCAGCCAGUACAACAGCCUGUCCAACAACAGCAGCAGCAGGAGCAGGUCCCACAACACCAACAACAGAUAUCACAGCAACAACAGUCACAGUAUGAUGCAUCCUUAUAUGGCCAGUAUAAUGCUGGCUAUCAAGCUAUAUCUGGCCAACCAGCUCUGAACCAGCCUACACCAGGUCACAUGAUGUAUGGCCAGCCUGGCCUGCCUAGUCCAGGGACCUACAACCAAGCACCUGGCAUGCCACAGGUAGAGGUGAAAGGUCAAGCAUACCCACCCAACCCCACCCCUGCUGGUACAGGUCAGUCCCCCAACAACCCCUACUCACGAGGUGGUUACGGGGGUGGUUACCCACGACCCAGUGCUGGCUACCCACAGUAGCCACAAGACUCAAGAUAGUGAAAAACAAGAAUAAGUUGUGAUUGAAAAUUUUGUGCUUUGGACGUCACUGGAUAAGGAUGGAUUAUUUCCCUUAUUACUUGUGUAAUACAGGCAAGGGAGGCAACAAAUUAAAGGCAUUUAAGUAUCACUGUAUAUAUUAGAAAUUAACUAUAUCAAAUGAGUUGUCAUGAAUGAAAUAACUGUUACUUUAUUUCUUAUUUAAGGGCUGGUGUGUUGUUGUUUUUUUCUGUUUCAUUUAUGAGCUUGUGGAAUCAGGUCUGUUGAGGUAGAAUACCAACCAUUCUUCUUACUUGUAUUAAAACUGUAUUCUAUACUUAAAGAUCAUGUUUGGUGUGAGCGUAGUAGUUUUUUAUCAUAAUCGGUGGAAUAUUAAUUAUAUUAAAUAGCUAAUAUAUGCAUGUUGACAUUUCUUGUGUAUAAAUUUUGCUAGUAUCAAGGUUACUUUUAUUAUGAAAGUGCAUUUUCGUCAAAGCAAAAUGAAUUAAAAAAAUGUUUUUUUUUUUAAAAUGAUACUAGUUCAUGGGUACAAUAUAAGACUUUUUUUUCUGUAUGUCUAGUUUUAACAUAAAGGCUUUGCGUAAACAAAUUGUUGCUAAUCCUUCUUGGGUAAAUCUACUGUGAAUAAAUAAACAGAAAAUAUAUCUAAGCUUUAUUGGUCAUAGUAAUCCACAAGGUGUAUUGUUAGCCCAGCACUUAGAUCAGUGACAUUUCCUCCAGUAUAGCUUGCUGUAACUUGACCGAUUGAAUAUUUACUUGAUGUCUGUGGUGGACUAUCUUACUACUUAGUUGAAUACAUCACCACUUCCGUGGUGAAAACUUGAAAUAUUUGAUCAAGUGAAACUGUGUUGCAAUGUUAAUCUGACCCUUAAAGCUCUGUUAUCUUAUUUAAAUGUGUCAGUAAUGUUGUUAUAUGUGGAUGCUUUGGUACAUAUCUUUUGUUUCAAUACUCUACAUUUUUUUAUUCCACAUCAAUAUCUUGAUUUAGUAUCUCUCAUAGAAGGCUUGUUCUUGUUCUAUAUCUUGAUUUAGUAUAUAUAAACAGAUCACUAAACUGACAACCUAACACACCUACUUUUGGAAGAGUCUACUGUCAGACUGGCAAGAGGGAUAAUCCAACAAAUAAAUUUUCACUAGCAAGUCCUGAUGUGUUUUUUGUAAGACCCAUGAGUUACCGGCCAAACCCUAGACUAGGCUCCCAUUGUUUUGUCUGAUAUUAAUGCCGUAUCUGAAGAAUUUCAAAUACAAAGUAUCAUUAAGGGAAGGUCUAAAUAUACAUACUUAUAUAAAUAUAUAAUCCUAAGUUUGUACAUUGAUUAUUUAUUUCUUUGGAACUUAAAAAAAAAUUAACUUAUUUAUUUUUUCUUGUUUGCUAUCGAUUUUAAUAAUUUAUAUUAAAAAUUCUUCGAAGUUGUUUCAAAGUGAAAUACAUUUUUUGAAAAAAAAUAUCUACACCUGAAAAUUUUCAAAAAUAUGACAGACUUUUAUUUUCACAAGUGAUGCAACUUGUGAGUUAACACUAAGAAAAUGUUACAUUUGUUCUUUGAAGUGUAAAACAUGUACGUGAUGCCACCUUGUCUCCUCAUGUUGUGUUGCUAGCACUCUGUUAUAUGUCUGCGUACACGUCAGUAUUUCUUUUUGGUCCAUACACACACUAUGGCUUAUAUGAUUCUGUGUACACUGUUAAUUCCAUUUUGUAUGCGUACCAGUAAAUAAUUUAUUAGUUCAAGUUUCACCUUAAUCAAAUAUUAUUUUUACAUUAUAUUUUAAUUUAGUGUACAAAAGUUUGGUGGGGCUAUUUGUGGAUGUGCUUCUGUAAGUAAUUCUGUUCAGAGCUAGAGCAAGGGACAGAACUGCAGACAAAUCCAAUAGAUUGAAAGUCAGGGACAGUCUUGCUGGAUGGUGAGAUUCUGCUAAUGGGAAGUAGAUUUGGCUAUGGUGGUUUCUUAAAAUGUUGGAUGAAAGCUGCAACCUGACAAAGAAAGGGAACAAAUUAAAUUGAUGUGUGUGAGGUGAUUGACUUGAUGUGUGUGAUAUCUCAAAGUUUUUAAAGAAAAAUUAAAAAUGUUUUGCUCUAAUAAUCCUA